GACGCGACGCAAGUGACCGCUGCCCGCCUCUCCCGGCUCGGCGAGUGCCACUCCCCGCCCCACAAGGGAGAGUCGGCUCCAGGCCGCGCCCCCUCCUUACCGGGGCGCCCUCCCUUCUGGGGGCCCGGUCCUCACGGUGGUCGCGGUGGCAGCGCCCUCGGGCCAGGCCACAGGGGGAGGGGGCGGCCUGGCGGCAGUGGCGGGGUCAGCACGGGGCACCAAAGGCGAGGCCAUGGAGCCCAGGGAGUCGGGGAAGGCUCCUGUGACGUUUGAUGACAUCACGGUGUACUUGCUUCAGGAGGAAUGGAUGCUGCUGAGUCAGCAGCGGAAGGAGCUCUGUGGUUCUGACAAGCUGGAGGCACCACUGGGACCAACGAUCGCCAACCCAGAGCUGUUCUAUAAGUUUGAGCGAGGGCCAGAGCCAUGGCUAGCCAGUGUCCAGGGCCAGAGGACUCUCCUGAGCCACCACCCAGGAAAAAGCAAGGUGGGCUUCAUGGAAGAAACGGAUGUGCAAAGUCCAGCCAGAGAAGCUGGUCUGUACCUGCCACCUCAGAAGAAAGCCUGCCUUUCCCACUUCAGCUCAGAGAGUGGCAGCAUCGAGGUAGACUGUAUGGGAAAAAACAAAAAGCACUUAAAACCUCGGUCUAUCCAGAAGUCAUGGUUUGCACAGUUCCCAUGGCUGGUCAUGAACAAGGAGCAAACGGCUCUCUUUUGCUCUGCUUGCCGGGAGUACCCAUCUGUCAGGGACAAACGGUCAAGAUUAAUAGAAGGUUACACAGGACCAUUCAAGGUGGAGACUCUCAAAUACCACGGCAAGAGCAAAGCCCACGUGUUCUGUGUCAAGGCCUUGGCAGCACGGGAUCCCAUCUGGGCAGCCCGUUUCCAGAGCAUCCAAGAUGCAUCUGGAGAUGUACUGGCCGGCCCGGAGCACCUCUUCACUGCAGAUUAUCCCAUAUUUUACCCCCCAGGGCCUCUGGAGACCUUUGAUAACAUGGCCCAGCUCCUGCCCAGCUCGAGAGCUGCCCUGGAGGACCCUGGGGGGAAUGGAGCAAUUCCUGCAUUGUACAUAGACUACAUUUCCGAUUUCAAGCAAAAAGAAAUUGCUGAUGACAUCCGUGGCUCCUCAAACGUUAACAUUUUGUGUAAUGACUCUGCUGAACCCCGUGGACAGGAUCCUUCUGAAGAGGGGCUGUUUGAGGAGGUUCCCGUGGUGUUUGAGGAGCUCCCGGUGGUGUUUGAGGAUGUGGCGGUGUAUUUCACCCGGGAGGAGUGGGGCGUGCUAGACAAGCGGCAGAAGGAGCUGUACAGAGACGUGAUGCGGAUGAAUUAUGAGCUGUUGGCAUCCCUGGGCCCUGCUGCUGCCAAACCAGACUUGAUCUCAAAACUGGAGCGGAGAGCUGCACCCUGGAUCAAGGACUCAAACGGGCCAAAGUGGGGGAAAGGCCGUGUUCCAGGGAAAAAGAAGAAGAUGGUGGCUGUAAGUGAGGCACACACACGGGCCCCGGCUGGAGAAUCUGCAUUGCUUCCAGCUCCUUCUGUGGAGAUGUGCACCCGCUACUGUGGUCCCAGCCUUUGUGAAGUACAAGUAGACGGACAGAGGAAAAUCAAGAGGACAUACAGACCCCGCUCAAUUCAGAGGUCGUGGUUUGGGCAGUUCCCGUGGUUAGUAAUUGACCCAAAAGAGAGCAAGCUCUUCUGCUCAGCUUGCAAAGAAAGACCCAGUCUCCAUGACAAAUCAUCCCGGUUAGUCCGAGGUUACACGGGUCCUUUCAAAGUGGAGACUUUAAAGUACCAUGAAGUUAGCAAAGCACACAAGCUCUGUGUCAACACUGUGGAAGUCAAGGAAGAUUCCCCACAGGCUGCCCUAGUCCCUGAGAUCUCCAGUGACCUGAUGGCCAACAUGGAACAUUUUUUCAACGCCGCUUACUCCAUAGCAUACCACUCGAGGCCCCUGAACGACUUUGAGAAGAUCCUGCAACUCCUCCAAAGCACCGGGACCAUGAUUUUGGGCAAGUACCGAAAUCGCACCGCCUGCACCCAGUUCAUCAAAUACAUCUCUGAGACUCUGAAGAAGGAGAUCCUCCAGGAUGUCCGGAACUCCCCGUGCGUGAGCGUGUUGCUGGACAGCUCCACAGACGCCUUCGACCAGUCCUGUGUGGGCAUUUACAUCCGCUACUUUAAGGGGGUGGAGGUGAAAGAGUCUUACAUCACCCUGGCCCCACUCUACAGCGAGACAGCGGAUGGAUACUUUGAGACCAUCAUCUCUGCUCUGGAUGAACUGGACAUCCCCUUCCGGAAGCCUGGCUGGGUAGUGGGCCUGGGAACCGAUGGCUCAGCCAUGCUGAGCUGCAGAGGAGGCCUGGUGGAGAAGUUCCAGGAGAUCAUACCCCAGCUGCUGCCAGUGCACUGUGUGGCCCACCGGCUACACCUGGCCGUGGUAGACGCCUGUGGGGGCAUCGACCUGGUCAAGAAGUGUGACCGGCACAUCCGGACCGUCUUCAAAUUUUAUCAGUCCUCGAACAAAAGGCUGAAUGAGCUGCAGGCAGGCGCGGCUCUGCUGGAGCAGGAAAUCAUCCGCCUGAAGGACCUGAACGCUGUCAGGUGGGUGGCCAGCAAGAGGCGCACCCUGCACGCGCUCGUUGCAAGCUGGCCCACCCUGGCCGGGCACCUCCAGAGCGUGGCGGAAGCAGGAGGCCAGGUCGGGCACCGGGCCAGGGGCAUGCUGAAGCUGGUGAAGAGCUUCCACUUCAUCAAGUUCUGCCACUUCCUCUUGGACUUCCUGAGCAUCUACAGGCCCCUGUCCGAGGUGUGCCAGAAGGAGAUGGUGCUGAUUACGGAGGUGAACUCUGCGCUGGGGCGGGCCUAUGGAGCACUGGAGACCCUCCGUCACCAGGCAGGACCCAAGGAGGAAGAGUUCAAUGCCAGCUUCAGGGAUGGGCGGCUUCACGGCAUCUUCUUGGACCGAAUGGAAAUGGCAGAACAGCGGUUCCAGGCGGACAGGGAAAGAAUGAUCCUGACAGGGAUUGAAUACCUCCAGCAAAGGUUUGACAGGGACCGUCCCCUGCAGCUCAAGAACAUGGAGGUGUUUGACACCAUGGCCUGGCCCAGUGGCGUGGAACUUGCCAGUUUUGGAAAUGAUGAUAUUCUCGCCCUAGCCAGGUAUUUUGAGCUCUCGCUCCCCGCAGGAUACAGUGAGGAAGCACUCCUGGAGGAGUGGCUGGGCCUGAAGGCCAUUGCCAAGAACCUCCCUUUCUCCAUGCUGUGCAAGAACGCCCUGGCCCAGCACCGCCACUUCCCCUUGCUGAGCAGGCUCAUAGCUGUGGUGGUCUGCGUGCCCAUCUCCACCUCCUGCUGUGAGCGGGGAUUCAGUGCCAUGAACCGGAUCAGGACCGAUGAGAGGACCAAGCUCUCCAACGAGGUGAUCAACAUGCUCAUGAUGACAGCGGUGAAUGGCGUGGCAGUCACAGAGUAUGACCCCCAGCCCGCCAUCCAGCACUGGUACCUGACUUCCUCAGGCCGGCGUUUCAGCCAUGUCUACACCUGUGCCCAAGUGCCACCCCACUCCCACACAAGAGGUGCUGGGCUCAGGAAAGAGAAGAUGGGAGCACUCUGUGUGGAGGAGGCUGUGACCCAGAAGCCGCCCAUUCCGUCCUAUAGGGGACCAGUGGAGAUCCUGAAGGACUGCAUCCUGGACCCUCCCAACAGACUCCUGGGUCCCCAUCCCGGCCAAGAGGCCCCCACACUGUCCUGAUCAAGAGCUCUGGUCGAAGCAGGCAUAGUAGGGAUCGCCUUGGAGACCCCCAUGCUGCCCUGGCCCUUGUGAUCACGAUGACAGGCCCUCUGAGAGUCUCGGCUGCCCCAGAAUCUUCGUUUGGUGGGGACUCUAAGCACCAGGAGGUGGGCAGUGAGAAGACAGUUAAGCCCACAUCUCAGAGAGGCAGGAGGCACGCAUGCAGCCUGUUUGCCAAGGCCCUUCCCUUAGCAGAGCUGCAACCUCACAGCACUUAAUACACAGAAAGGUUCUUAUCUCAAGCUCAUUUUUAAGGUACUUCAGGAAAUAAUCCCAUCAUGGAAGAUUUUGCCCCAUGUUCUGGUGGCCAGAGGACUUUUCUGAAGUGGGAGAGAUGGUUAGGGGCAGGGCUUAAGCCCCUAGAUAGUUAGGGAGCGUUCCAGGAGGCCGCUCGCCGCGCCAGAGGCAUGGAGAAGGCAUGUGGUAAGGGGUAGAGGAUGACCAGGUCCAGGGGGAGCUGGCCUGGAUCUGUCACCAUGGCUCCAUGGCAGAAGCCAGGAAGCUUCAACUUCAAAUGGGAGACACCAGAGAAUUUCUCUGCCUCCUCCCACGGCCUUCCUGUAGCGUGAGGCAAGCAGAACCCCUUUGCACAGAGCACUCGAGAAAGAUCAUCCCCCUGCAGCUCCAGAACGGGAGGAGUGUUUCCCAGGAGGGAGCCUGCCACGUCCCUCCAGUCACAGCCUUGUAGCAUGCUGAGCUCGGGUUUUGUACGGAGCGGAGCAGACAGGGCAAGUGUGUACUGGGGAGGCUUGGGCUCCGGUCCCAACUCUGCUGCAGGCAGUGGUUCAACCAUGAUUUCUGUGCCUCUGUUUCCCUGUCCAUGAAGUGGCAGCAGAGACUCCAAGUGCCUGCUGGCGCCCAGGCUGCUGUAGGGCUGAGGAAGGUCUCAGAUACACCUCAGGCUGCAGAGGGCACUGGGCUGCCUUCAGCCCCUGUCCUUGUCCCUUGCCACCGACGUCCUUAUUGUGGGAAGAGGUGCUCUCUAAACAUGCCGUCAGCAUCAUGGUCUAGUUCAUGCUUCCCAGAGUUGCUCUGGGGACCAGCUUGGAAGUCAAUAGAGGUGUUUGUUUAAAUAUGCUCCACCCAGACCUGCCCGAUCGGAUCCCAGGGACCAGGGCUCAGUGACUGGCUAUUUUCAGCCAGGCCCCCCAGGAACUUCGUGGGCUCACUCAAGCUUGAGAAUCACCACCCUGGAGGCACAGAAGGGUGUCCCACACUGUCCGGUUCCUGUUGCUCUCUCCCAUCUCCCCUUCCUCCCUGAAGUAAAGCACUUUUCCCUCCAGGGCGGCUGCUUUGGGGUAGGCUCCUAGGCUGCUUACCUGGCUGGGGAUGAUGUAGUGUCUGGGUCCCGCCUUCCUAACCACAGGUGGGAAAUGAAGUAGGGUUAGAGGGAAGGGCUUCUGUGCUGCUGCCUCCCUCUUGUGUUAGACAGGCUGGAAGUAGUGCUCUGUCCUGGCCUUGCCGUCCAGCUCCAGGCAGGGUCCCUGCUCUGCGCUGCAGGUCAACCAGUGGUCUGUCCACUUCCCAUCUGUGGAAGUUGCUGAGAGCCCCUGAGAUGCUGGUAUCAGAGUGUCUCACUGUGGGGCAGAAUCCCUGGUUCCCGGUGUUUUCUGAAUCUUACCUCCCCUCCUUCCCCCGGAGCACUUAGCCUUAGCGCCAUUGCUUUCCUGUUUUCUUCAGCUUCGAGCCAGAAUUCUGUUCUCACUUUCUGCCUUUUACCUUGUGGAACUAUCUCCCUGCCAGCCCCUGGUCCUGGGGCCUGAGGGGUACCACGGGCCCUUGAGUUGGAGCUCUGGUGGUCCAUACAGCCAAGAUGGAGUCCAGGCCUCGCUCCCCCAUUCACAUGGGUUUCUAUGGGGAGUUUAGAACUCUGUGCUGUGCCAGGUGCUACAGGUGCAAAUGGUGGGGUGGAAGAAAGAAGGACCCUUUAAAGUAGGGGUUAUAACCUACCACCCUAUCCAUAGGGAUUCAAAUUGAGGUGACUUUCUAGCUGGCCUCAUUCCUCUGGCUUCUUCCCUCCUUUAAGAAUCCUUAGAUCAAGAAUCUUGAUCUUAGAUCAAGGUCACAAGCAAUGCUGUGUGAGUUCUACACACACACACACACACACACACACAAACACACACACAAUUCCCUACCCAGGUCUAGGCAUGGAGGUGGGGCCCAAGUAGGGAUGCACCCUGCCCCUCCACAUCUGGGCCCUGAGGAAGCCUCUAAUGCCAACUUGUGAAAAAGUUGGGCCCCUUGGAGGGGGUGACUGAAAAUACUAUUUCAUAAGGAUUUGCACUACCCAGGUUUCUCCAGGGGCACAGGCACGCCCUGGCUCCCCUCUGUUAGCUAAUGGCAGAGAGGAUGACUGAUGAUUUUGUGCAGGACCACAAGGCUGAAGUGUGAGACCUUUUGCCAGGGUUGGCCUCUUUGUUUUGUUUUAAGAGACUCGCUGUAUUUCAGACCCUACGGCCUGGAGAGCCUUCCUGUUUUGCCUCACAAAAAAAACAGGCUGAAGGGCACUGGGAAUAGGAGCGAACUGCCUUUGGCCUCCACCCUCAUCCUCUACCUGUAAUCUCUAGACUGAUGCCCACAGGGCCCAGCGUUCUGAGUGACCAGCAGUAUAACUGACAGUUUGAGUUCAACAGCCAUAGACCAGGCUGGAGGGAGAGGCCUCAGCCCUGUCCUAGCCAGACAUGUUCCGAGUGUACUUCUGCUCGUCCUUUGCUUCGGGAGAAGACCAGGUUGAGUUCCUAGGGUGCUAAGUAUUUAGCAGGACAGUGUGCAGAUUAGCCAUUUCCCUCAUCCAGGUGUCUUUUAGCCAAGGUCACCCUAGGUGAUUGGCCCAGGGAUGUCCUCUCCUCUGGUUUCAAAGAUGUGCAAAUGAGGUUUAAAAAACCAUGUUUGAUUCUCAGCCUUUUGCUAUCUGAAUAAAGCAGAGUUUAUUUCGA